AUGCUGUCCGCAACUUUUGCCAUAAUCGGCAUUUAUCUUUGUGACGCAACGUCUUUUUCCACAUUAGAACGGGAUUACAAACAACUAAGAGUAUUCGAUGCUAGAACUCAGCCGAACGUUUUUGGAAUUAGGCUGAACGGCUCCACUCACAUCAAUAUAUCUAAGGCUGUCGUUUUCAGGAAUACUCGUCCACCUUCAGUGCCAAGCAAGAUACCGCCAAGACGCACAUCACAUGCCUUACGAAAGAACAUCCACAAGAUAUUAGUUUAUGAGAGUUACGUGAUGCCCAAAUUUGAAGUUAAAAUCCUUCAAAUUCGAAAAAUCAAACGAAUUGGUGGUGGAUAUCCAUAUGGACCAAAGAAUAACACAAUAUUAGAACUGAAAGAGCCUAUAUUUGUAGUGAAUAGGUACGCAUGGAACCCUGAGACAGCUUCCUAUAAGGAUCCGUUCGGGCAUUUGAAAGAUAUCAAAACAACAAAAUGGCUGACAACAAAUGAAACUAUAGAGUUUCCAUCUCUACCAUACAGACUGAUGUCAGCAUCUGUUGAAUGUCAAUAUUGUUUUGUGUAUUGGAAAAGACAAAAAAAAUUCCGACCAGAGAGCAUUUACUUUAAUUGUUGUGCCGCACAACAUUGA